AUGGCGGGGAGUAGCCUCGGGAUUCUUGCCGGCGGCGGGCCGCUGCCGGGCCUCAUCGCGCGAGCCUCGGUCGGCGAAGGCCGCGAUGUCCUGGUCAUCGCCUUCGAAGGCGAAACGGACCCGGCAACCUGCGAAGGCGUUCCGCACCGUUGGCUCGGGCUCGGCGCGGUCGGCGCCCUCCUCAAGGCGCUGCGGCGGGCAAACUGCCGCGAGGUGGUGCUUGCCGGUUCGAUCCGCCGGCCGUCUCUCUCCACCAUCAGGCCGGACCUGCGCGGCAUGCGCCUCAUGGGACGCAUUGCCAGCGCGCGGGGCAAGGGCGACGACGCACUCCUCUCGCUGGUGAUCGCGGAGCUCGAGGAGGAGGGCUAUGCCGUGGUCGGCGUCGACGACCUGAUUGCGUCCUUGUGCGCGCCUGCGGGCGUGAUCGGCGAGCGCGCACCCGACGACGUUGCCGAACGCGACAUCGCCAUCGGCGUCGAGGCCGCACGCGCGCUCGGCGCCCACGAUAUCGGCCAGGCCGUUGUCGUGCAGGCCGGGCGGGUGCUCGGUGUCGAGGGCGUCGAAGGAACGGACGGGCUUAUCGAACGCUGUGCCGCGCUUCAGGAGGCGGGGCCGGGCGCGGUGCUCGUCAAGAUGAAGAAGCCGGGCCAGGAGCGUCGGGCCGACCUUCCGACGAUCGGGACUCACCACGAUCGAGAAGCUCGCGGAGGCCGGCUUCAGCGGCGUGGCGUUCGAGGCGGGCGAGACGCUGAUCCUGGAGCGCGGUCAGGCGGUCGCGCGCGCCGACGAGCACGGCGUGUUCAUGAUCGGCGUGAGCUGACGGCCGAAAUGGUUCGGGACGCGCCGCUGAUCUUUCUGAUCGCCGGCGAGCCGUCCGGCGAUCUCAUCGCUUCCCGCCUGAUGGCGGCGCUCAAGCGGCGUACCGACGAUGGCGUGCGGUUCGCCGGUAUCGGCGGUCCGCUCGUGGCCGAACAGGGGCUGGAGAGCCUGUUUCCCUACUCCGAGCUCUCGAUGAUGGGGGUUUUGGAAGUCGUGCCCCACGUGCCGCGCUUGCUUGCGCGUAUUCGGGCCACCGCGCGCACCGCGCGCCGGCUGCGGCCGGCGGCCUUCGUCUCGGUCGACGUGCCGGGCUUCGCGCUUCGUGUCGCGCGCAGACUGAAGGGCGCGGGCUUUCCCCUGAUCCACUAUGUGGCGCCCACCGUCUGGGCCUACCGGCCGGGGCGCGCGGCGGAGAUCGCGCGCUAUCUCGACCGCGUGCUUUGCCUCUUCCCGUUCGAGCCACCCUAUUUCGAGGCGGAGGGGCUGGACGCGAGCUUCGUCGGCCAUCCCCUGGUCGAAGAGCCCAUCGACGAUGCCGACGGGCCGGCCUUCCGCAGGCGCCACGGCAUCGCGCUGGCGCAACCCGUGAUCGCCGUCUUGCCGGGCAGCCGGGCCAGCGAGCUGCGCCGGCAUGAGCCGGUGUUCGGAGAGGUUGUGCGCACGCUCGCCCGGCGCAUCGAGGGUCUUCGCAUCCUGGUGCCGACGCUGCCGCAGAACCGCGCGACCGUUGCCGCCCAGACCGCGUCAUGGGGGGCGUCGGUCACCGUGGUCGAAGGCAAGGCGGAAAAGUAUGCCGCCUUCGCGGCGAGCGACGUGGCGCUCACGGCCUCCGGCAUGGCGACGCUGGAGCUCGCGCUCGCGGGUGUUCCCAUGAUCGUCUGCUAUCGGGCCAACCCGCUGACGGCGGCGAUCGCGCGGCGCGUCGUCACGGUGCCGCAUGUCGCGAUGCCCAACAUCAUCGCCGAUCGCCGCGCCGCGCCGGAGUUUUUGCAGCGCGACUGCACCCCUCGACGCCUCGUUCCCGCGAUCGAGCAGCUGCUGCAGGAUGACGACCGCCGGCGCGACCAGAUCGAGAGCUUCAGUGAGAUCGCUGCCCGGCUCGGACGCGGCGGCCCGCCGCCGAGCGAACGCGCCGCCGAGGCUGUGCUGCACAUGAUCGACGGAACGGCGCGGCGCGGCCACCGGCCCACCGCGCGCUGA